GCUGCCUUCAGCCCCGCAAGGGUGGCUGGUGGGGGGCGGGGAGAAGUUGGCGGGGCGCGUGCGUGUGAGCACCCAGCACGUCUGUGGGCGGCACUGCAGCCUGCAGAACCGGAAGCCUUGCUGUGAGAUCGGCUCUCCUCUCCCCCGUCCCCCUCCGGGAGGAGGAAGGUGCCGAGGCUCUUCGCUGGGUAUGACGGUCGUCUGCAUUUACGUGCCGGGGGACUGAGGCUGGCAGAGCAAGUGGCUCGCUGACUAUAUUUACGGCAGAGACCGGAAGGAGCAUCCCUGUUCUGUCCCUCGCCUGGCCAAGCACUCACGUCACGAGCGCCGGGUCCCUGCGUGUCCCUGGGGCCGGGCUCUCGGAGAGGCAAGUGUUCACCCAGCGGCGUGAGGCUCGGCCGCUGGUGUGGACGCCUCCCAGAGUCCCCUCCCCCGCCAGCGCCUGCGCAGCCACUAUGGAGAGCGGGAGCGGGCCGGGCAGCCCCAGCACCAUGUCCCUGGUUCCCGGUGAUGCCGUCCCCAGCCCUGAGGACAAGAUGGCCUCGGUCUUCCCGGUGCUCCUCGUGUGCGUGGUGGGCGUCGUGGGCAACGCCACGGUGGUCCUGGUGGUGCUGAACACAUGGGACAUGCACACGCCCACCAACCGCUACCUGGUCAGCCUGGCCCUGGCAGACCUUACUGUGCUGGUGGCGGCCGGGCUGCCCAACGUCUCCAAAAGCUUGGCUGGGCAGUGGGUCUGCGGCCACACCGGCUGCCUGGGCAUCACCUACUUGCAGUACCUGGGCAUCCGUGCCUCCUCCUGCUCCAUCCUGGCGUUCACCGUGGAGAGGGAGGUGUACCUCGCCAUCUGCCACGCAAUGCGGGCACAGGCUGUGUGCAUCGUGGCCAGCGUCUGGGGGACCACGUCCGUCUACUGCCUGCUCUGGUUCUUCCUGGUGGACUUGGACGCUGGCGGGCACGGGGGCCGCAGCCUGUACCUGCCCAUCUGCCUGCUGGACUUCACCGUCUUCUCCGUUACGCUGCUGGAGGCCACCGUCCUCUACGGUCUCAUAGGGAGGGUCUUGAUCCAGAGCUCCCCGGGCCACCUGCCACAGCUCGGGGACCAGCUUGGGGGCCAGCAUGGGGGUGGUGAGGACCGGCCAGAGCCCGGAAGCCAGGGGAGGCAGCCCCGUGGGCCAGGCAGGGCGCAGCGGGCAGCUGCCCCGGGGCCAGAGGCUUCCCUUCUUCCAGGAAGCAGGUGGGCGGGGGUGGCCGGUGGGGAGCAGGGGUGGGCGGGGUCGGUUUGCAGAGAGGUGAUUAUUGCAGUCAAGUCCUCAUCACUUACUCAGCAAACAUGCCCUGAGGCAGGAGCUGUGUCACUCGGUCACUUGGUGUGCCAGGUGCCAGGGGCUUCCCACCCCUGCCCUCCCGCCCUGCAGGUCACCACGAUGCUGGCGGUAGUCGUGCUACCCUCUGCCGUCCUGCGGAUGCCCUACCGCACGCCGGUGCUGCUCAACUCCUCUGUGGCCCAGCCUUUCCUGGACCCCUGGGGGCUUCUCCUCUGCCGCACCUAUGUCUACACCAACAGCGCCAUCAACCCCAUCAUCUACAGCCUCACGUCCCAGAAGUUCCCUGCCUUCCAGCGGCUGUGCGGGGGUGGGGUGGAGGAGCCACAGAAGCGCACGGCUGGCCUCAGCUCCACCAGCUACAGCGUGGACCCCAGAAGACGCGGACUGGCGGGAGUGAGGUCACGGGCCCUCAGGCAGCUGGGCCCUCACUCCAGCAGCAGGGGCCUGGUUUCAGCUCCAUCUGAGGGCUGCCCUCCCCCUGCCCAGCCCCUCUCGCCUCCCUCGGUUUGCUCCUGUGCUGGGUCCUGUCCGCGGGUGGCUGGCAGGGCCAGGAGAGGGGAGACGCCCCUUUGCCAACGGCUCUUCUGGGUCCCUGGUGCCUUCCCUCCCCAUGAACGAGGACUGGUCACGUGUCCUAGUUCUGGCCCGGUGGUUGGACUCCAUUUGGGUAGCGCUCUCCCCUCCUCUGGAAGCGGGGGAGGUUAGGAGCAGGAAGAAGCUGGGAGGGUCCCAGCCUUCACUGGUGUAAAAUUAGGACCCUCCAUCUGUUAUUACUCAUUCGUUUAAGCACUCUAUUUUCCAGGGGAAAAGUCCUGAUGGGUAUUACAGGAAUGCAUUUCCAGUCUCUGGUGAUAGCAUGUGUCAGUUUGGCUGUGGGCAGAGCCCGUGUGCGACGUUUUCCAAGCGGGACGGUGCCACCUGGUGCCACGUAGAAAGGGUACCCAGCUCUACCGCUGACACCCAGAGACACCGCUGGCAGACCCGCCACUCACGUGUGCUGAGGCUGGCCGGUAUCCGGGCCUCCGGCCUC